AGAGGUUGUUGUUGUGUGUUGGAUUGUGUUGUAUGUUGAGUUGCGCAGUAACAUUAUACUAUUGUGUGACUACAUAAUAAGUAUUACUUAGGACAAACCUGGCAAUGUUCAUUUUUGAAAAGUCGUUUCGAAUUAGAAUAAUGAAUUAGCUUGUUACGAUGAACACCAAGGAAACAUUCCGGGACCGACAAGAAAACGAAUUGGAAGUCAUACAGUCUAUAUUUGGAUCGGAUGUUGAGGAUCUGAGGCCAGCGGGAGCAUGGAAGCCUUUAAAUUUGAUCAUUUUGCUGGAACCAUUACAAAGUUCGUCCGGACGGAAAGAAGUGUAUGUUCGCACAAAGUUGCAUGUGUCGUGCAGUCAAAAAUACCCAAAAGUUGUUCCCAAAAUAACGCUAGAACAAAGCAAAGGACUAUCCGAUGCACUCAUCGAGGAGCUCACCAAGAGUCUGGUCGACCUAGCCAACGAACUGAAAGGCGAAGUAAUGAUCUACGAAUUGGCACAAACCGUUCAGGCAUUUCUGCACAAACACAACAAACGACCGGCGGGAAGUUUCUACGAUCAAAUGCUGUUGGAGAAAUUGAAACGUGAUGAAGAUCUGCAACAGAUGCAACAGUUGAAAUUGAAUCAGGAAAAGCAAAUCAUACGCGACGAAGUGCUGAAACGAAAGGAAAUAUUUCGCAGCGAAACGAAAUGGAGAAGGGAUCGACGCAGUAUCAGCGAGUCCAGCCCAACGCAUCGAUCGAAUGGAUCGUCGGAAGAUAUGGGAUCACCGUCGACAGUAUUUCGCAGUCGUAUUUAUCCGAACGAAUGUACGGAGCAUCGAAGCAGCGAUACAUUGUACUUUUCCAAUGUUGGAAGGAAGAUACAGAAGGGCUGUUGUAUGGGUCACUCGCAAAAAGGAUGCGUUGCCUUUUCCGGAAUCGAUUUGGAAAGCGGUCAACUACUUUAUAUCACCGAGUGGAAUAUCAAAUAUUCUCAGCUAGAAUCGAAAUGCAUAGCAAAUUGUAAUCGAACUACCAGCGAUCAAAAAUGUAACGGUCACACCGUUGACGAAAUAAUACAAAGUAUUGAAAAGCAGGUGACAAAUCUCGAAUCGCUGGUGCACAAAAAUCUCAUUGCCUACGAAUGUGUUCUGUGUAUGAAGAAGAAGGAAGGCGUCGUUUUGUAUCUGGUUCAAGAUUUUGUUCUUGGCACAAGUAUUUGUAGUAUAUCCGGCUCGUUAGGAUGGUGUCCGGAAGGUGCUAGCAUCGUUGCGAAGGGCGCUUUGGAUGCUCUCAUUUUUCUACACAAUAACGGAGUGUCCCACCGAAAUCUAUACGACUGUACCGUGUUUAUGGACAAUUCUGGAACCAUUCGAGUGACAGACUUUGCCAUUGUUCCUUAUCUACUCGAAUUGAUCGGCGGCCAGAGGACAAAUCAAGGAGAUCUUCCCGCGUUAGGAUCUAUGAUUGAAUCACUGUCGCCGACGCCACACUUCGAAAUGCGAGACUUCAUCGAAAAAUGUAAAUCGGAACGAACGUUGUCAGCUUCUGCAUUGUUAGACCAUCCAUUCCUGAGGCCAAUACAACCGGGAGAACCGAUUCGUCCUAUUACGUCUACAGCGCUAACGAUUCCAGAACGUGCCAUCAAUCAAUCAGUAAGCUUUCAUCAUUCAGCUAUCAGUAAUACGGGCCAGUCUCGCCUGCACACUGAAUUUAAAGAACUGGAAUUUUUGGGUCAGGGCGCCUACGGUGAUGUGAUGAAAGUGCGUAAUGUCUUGGACAAUCGGGAAUAUGCCAUAAAGCGAAUACCCCUGAGUGCACGGAAUAAACAAUUGUACAAAAAGAUGACAAGAGAAGUGGAGCUACUUUCACGUUUGAAUCAUGAGAAUGUUGUGCGCUACUACAACAGUUGGAUUGAAAGUGAUACCAGUGAUAACAAAGUGAACUUAGGGUCGGGCGGUGAUUACUCCGAUAGCUAUGAGAGUAUCAAACAAAUGGCAAAGGUCAUAAGGUCUGAAGAGAGUUUUUCUAGUCAUUGGCAGGAUGUGGCUGACGAUUCCAGUUCGGAUGGAAUCGAAUUUGUUAAUUCAGACGGUGACAUAAUUGAGUCGGAUGAUGGCAGCGGCAAAUUCGGUGACGAGCAAUCGGAAAUUGGCGAUGUGCUGGCUCGAUCACCAAAACCGGAAAAUCAGAUCAUGUACAUCCAAAUGGAAUUUUGUGAGAAAAGUACUUUGAGAACUGCCAUUGACAGUGGAUUGUACAAUGACAACGAACGCCUGUGGCGACUAUUUCGUGAAAUUGCUGAGGGGCUAUCGCACAUACAUCAACAAGGAAUGAUUCACAGGGAUUUGAAGCCGGUGAACAUUUUUCUGGACUCUAGGGAUCAAGUAAAAAUUGGCGAUUUUGGACUGGCCACGACCAGCUUUCUGGCCCUUCAAAGCCAAGAGCAGACUGUUCAUUUGAAUAGUCAAGACAUUGGAAGUUCUCUUACAGGAAAAGUAGGAACCGCGCUGUAUGUUGCACCCGAAUUAACUGGCAACGCAUCGAAAGCGACCUACAAUCAAAAAGUUGACUUGUAUUCGCUGGGAAUUAUUUUAUUCGAGAUGAGCAGUCCUCAAUUCGAAACGGGAAUGGAACGGGUCAAGAUAAUGGCCGAACUACGAACGCCCGCUAUUAUAAUACCGACGUACAUGCUGGAAAAUGCGAAAUUCUCUCAACAUGUCCAGGUGAUUAAGUGGUUGCUGAAUCAUGAUCAGACGAGGCGACCUACUGCGGAAGAAUUGCUUGCAUCCGAACUUGUACCGCCCGCACAAUUGGAAGCGAAUGAGUUGCAAGAAAUGUUACGUCAUGCAUUGGCGAAUCCGCAAAGUAAAUCGUACAAACACCUCGUAGCCCGAUGCUUGGCACAACAAUCGGAUACUGUGCUGGAGUUGACGUACCACUUAGAACUCAGUCAAAUAUCACCGAUACUGGAAGUUUUAAAAGCGAAAAUUGUGUCACUUUUCUGUAAGCAUGGAGCUGUCGAAGUCGUCACGCCACUGUUAUCGCCGCUGGUCAAGAAGUCGUCCAUUUAUGGUUCUAUUGUAAGGUUGAUGACUCAUUCCGGAAGCGUUGUAACUUUGCCCCACGAUCUACGGAUACCUUUCGCGAAGCAUAUAGCACUCAAUGGAAUCAAUAUGAUCCGACGAUAUUCGGUGGGUCGAGUGUAUCGCGAAAAGAAGGUGUUCAACUUCCAUCCGAAACAGUUGUACGAAUGCGCUUUUGAUAUUGUUACGCCGAAUCGAGGUAAUCUACUGGUGGACGCAGAAGUUAUUUCAAUUGCGUACGAAAUCACCCAGGAAAUACCAGCGUUGAAUCAUAAAAAUAUUUCGUUUCGCAUCAACCACACCAGUCUGUUGCGAGCGAUUUUAUUACUUUGCAAUGUACCGACAGACAAGUACAGCUGCUUAUUCACGGCCAUUUCAGAGUUUAACGAUGGGAAGAUCUCAAAAUUCCAGUUACAUUCCACUACCGCCGGCAUCAUGCAAACGACAAAAUACAGUGCUGUUCAGCUAGUCGAAUUCCUGUUAGUCGAAGCACCGUUGAGCGCUUCUCGGUGUAGUUUUUCGGGAACGGCAUUGCGUAAUUUGAUCAAUGGUAGAGGCGAAGCAGCGUCACUGGCUAAAGGAGCAAUAAGAGAAUUGGAGUCGGUGAUAUCAUUGGCACAAGGGAUGGGCGUGCAGUGUCCCAUUAGUGUCUCCACUGGCCUUACCACUGGCUACGAACGAGCCAAAUCUGGUGGAAUAAUUUGGCAGAUGCUUGGUGACAUGAAAACAACGCGUCGUGUGGGUCAAUGCAUUAUGGCCGUUGGUGGUCGAUACGAUUCAAUGCUAACCGAAUUUCAGAAACGUGCUCAGGACUCUGGCGUAUCGAUACCAAAUCGAGAGAUCAGCGGAGUUGGCUUUUCGGUCGCCUUGGAGAAAAUUAUUAGCGCACUGGGCAAAGUCGAUAUCGAAAACUAUCGAUCGAUGGAUGUGGUCAUUUGCGUGACAGGCUCCCGACCACCGCUCAAAGAAGUCACUCACAUUCUACGAUCUCUUUGGACGGCCGGCAUUCGUACGGGAGUGGUCGAAGCUACCGGAUCGAACGAAGCCCAGGAUAUGGCCAAAGACCUGGGCGCCGUUCAUGUCAUUUUGUUCGGUGGGGACGGUUCGCUACGCGUUCGCUCGUGGAACGACAACGGGUUUCGGGAGAAGCAAGUGAAUCGUCAAGAAUUGACCGAGUACAUCCAGAAAAUGUUGCGACCCGAUCAGAGCACAAAUAGUGUGAAUGACGUAAACCAAGCGAUUGCGAACGUUAGCAUGAAGAGCAACCUGUUUACGGGACCAACGAUUCCCGAAGUGGAAGUGACAUUCUCGAUGCAAGACAAACCUACAGCGAACAUGAGGCGGCGAUACGAAAAUCAAUUGAAACAGCACAUGAGCCCAUCGCUUACGAUGUUGGGUAAAAAGGAAGUGGUGGAUGUGAUUGUGGUUGAAUUGCCGCCGAAUAUUCUGCGCGCCAUCAUUGGAGCUAUAGACACGAGGAAUAUUUCCUGUAAGGAUUCAGACGAAGAGAUUGCAGCUAUUAUGGAACGGUUCCCAAAGUACAAACGAUACAUUUCGCAAAUUGUCGAAGAUGUGAAGGAAAUUAUCAUUGAUAACAGUAACAACAAAAAGGAGGCUUCGAUCAUUGGCAUGUAUAGUAUCGCCGAUUCGAGUUACAGAAUUAUUUUAUGAUAAGCUAAGGUUUUUCGAGAUGACGGAACAGUGAAAUAAACCAAAAUUUUAUUUUUUUAUGAUUGC